ACCACUUUUUUUUCCUGUAAUUAUUCUGAGAAUCUUGGGCAAAAGAAUAGUUUUUUUGGUCAAUUGGGGUACUCAGAUAACUUAUACCCAAUGCAUUAAAGCUAGAAUUCAUACUAGAAUACCUUCAGAUUUGGGAUUCUUAUUUUUGUUGUUUAGAGAAAACCCUUUGUCUUCUGUGUUGGGUUAUGGAGGAUAAGAGUGAUGUGAAGCUUCUAUCAUCCUGGGCAAGUCCAUUUUGCAUGAGAGUUAUUCUUGCAUUGGAAUACAAAGGAAUUAAGUAUGAAAUCAUGGAGGGAGAUAAGCUGAACCAGAAUGAAUUUCUGCAGCAGUGUAAUCCUGCAGUGAAUAAGGCGCCUGUGCUUAUUCACAAUGGAAAAGCCAUCCCUGAAUCCUUAAUAAUUCUAGAAUACAUAGAUGAGACAUGGCCCUCUCACAAUGGAUUGGAUCUUCUCCCCAAGGAUCCUUAUGCUCGUGCUCUCGCUCGAUUCUGGGGCGAUUUCAUUGACAAAAAGAUUCUUUCGAUUGUGGGUGGAAUUGUGAAAACAAAAGGGAAGGAUCAAGAGAAAGCAAAGGUUGAGCUGGUGGAAGAAUUCAUAAGGCUUGACAACACACUGGCAACAAUAUCAUUAGGGCAAGCCUUCUUCUCAGGGGAUCAUAUGGGCUUCAUAGACAUAGUUGUUGCGCCAUAUAUGCCAUGGCUGAGAGCUGUGGAGCAAAUGGUGAACUUGAAGCUCCCUGACUCUUCCAAAUGCCCUCACAUGAACCACUGGAUGGACAAGAUGUAUGAUCACCCCUGUGUCCGAAAAGCCCUCGAGCAGCCUGACAAACUAUUAGACUAUGCAAAGUCUCUCAGGAAAAGAAAUUUUGGUUCUGUCUAAAAACCUAAAUAUAACAUACACAUUCUCAUAGAAUGAACUGGAGCAUUAUACUAACACAAAUUUCAGGUAAGGCAAUUAUUCUCUCUUGUCUUUCUUAUCGCCUUCAAAGCGAGGCUGUACAUACAUGAAGAUAUUUAUGAGUAAAGCUUAAAAAUGGGUUUUGUUAGUCUUCUACAUGUAAGAUAGUCAUCAUGUAUACAACGAGGUUGCUACUUGAUUCAAACUAGCAUUUUGUAGUAUGGUCUGUUCUUAAAGCAAGAGUAAGGCUGAGAUGUAAUGAGAAAUGUAAAUCGUGAAAAAUAUGGAGUCUUAUAUUUGUGUUUUUGA